CCUUGCCUUUUCCCCGCUUCAACUACGCUCCUUCCUUGCCGAAUCAACCAAUAGCUGAUAUGUCUUCGUCGCUUGAUGUCCUCGAGAAGGGUGCCGUGCACGCCAGCAACCCUCAUAUCAAUUAUUCCCAAACGAAUGGCUACGCAGCUCCCCGUCCUUCCAAGAUCGCUAACCCCGGUACAUUAGGUCUCUUUUCAUUCGCGUCUACCACUUUGAUCCUCUCGUUGUACAACUUGGGCACACGGAGCAUCACCCACCCCAACGUCGUCGUCGGCAUGGCUGUUUUCUGCGGCGGCCUCGCUCAACUUCUUGCAGGCAUGUGGGAGUUCCCCAAGGGAAAUGCGUUCGGUGCCACCGCGUUCACGUCGUUUGGCGCGUUCUGGAUGUCCUUCGCGACGAUCCUCAUCCCCGGCAGUGGCGUCGGUGCCGCAUAUACCAGUGCUGAAGAAUUCGACUCUGCCCUCGGGAUUUACCUUACCACCUGGGCGGUGCUCACGUUCCUCCUCACAAUUGCCACCCUCCGCAAGAACUUGGCGCUUAUUACGCUGUUCAGUCUGCUCACUCUUACCUUCAUUGUCCUCGCUGGAGGCGCUUUCUCAGGUAUCGCCAAUGUGACCAAAGCUGGUGGUGGUUUGGGCGUUGUCACUGCCUUGGUUGCGUACUACAUAGGCUUGAGCGAGCUUCUCAGCGCCGAGGAUCAGGCCCUCUUCCACCUCCCCCUUGGUACCUUCUCGAAGAAUUGAUCCACCUGCCAGUGGGACGCAUCCUCAUCCUGUUUUCUACAUACCAAGCACACUGUUACCCCCUGACUCUUUACUCUAGCCAUCCUUGUAAAAUGUAGUUGUCAUUGGUUUUGUGAAUUGUAUAUAUACCAUACCCUUCCUUCUACAACGAUUCCCUGUUUUUGCUGGAUGGUUGGUAGAUCUAGAUGACUUGGACAGUGACUUUGUUGUGCUUUUCUCUUGUUUUUUCUUCUUGCGGUUCUCAGUCUUUGGGCCUCUCGGUUGUUGGUACCGACCACACUCUUUUAUCCAGUCCACUCUUUC